UGCCCUCUUCCUCACCCCACUUCCACACUUUUCUUACGAUAGAACUUUACGGUAGCGACGUUACAUUAUUAUUCUGCUCGAGGCGAAAUGCUUCGAAGGAUCCUCCAAGACGUCUCGUGCGCGCCGUUUCGGUUUCACGCUUUCGUAAAAGGGCUCCAAGGUAGAAACGAAUAGUUGUGGUAGUAGUGGUAUGCUCGCUUGGAAUACCACGAGAGAGAGAGAGAGAGAGAGAGAGAGAGAGAGAGAGAGAGAGAGAGAGAUAUAGAGAGAGAGUGAGAGAGAGUGAGAAAGACUUAGGACAACGAAGAGGCGAGGCGCCAAAAGAACAUUUAUAUUUAUUUCGUUUCAUUCCUUUUAUCCCUUAUAUAUUACUUUUCUUCUUAUUAUUCUUUUGUUUUUGGGACUUCCAAAGAAGCCUAAUUCCAACAGAGUCAAGAUAUAUGUGAGCUCUUUAAUAAAGCAGGUAAAUCAUCCAAUCGAAGACCACCCGAUAUUAAAAUCACAUUAAGAACAGAUCGUGUUAACAUCUGUGUUUCGAAAAAUUUAAUCAAAGAUAUUUAUCUACAAGCGAAGUAAUAUUACGAACUUUCCCGGGCUAAAAUGCCCGACGUGAAUCCUCCUACUGGCAAGAACCUCGACAUUUUUCAACGAACCAGCAUCUACGAAAAGGUGGUGCGCGGCCAGGGGAACGACGCUUCAUCGUGCUUUCCCGCGAAUAUAUCGUCAUCCUCGUCAUCAACGAUCACCACCUUAUAUCUAUCGUCAUAUCUAACAGACUAUCAAUUUUAAGACUUCUUUCUUACUUACUUAUUUACUUUCUUUCUUUUCUAUUUUUUUUUCUUUCUCCUUGUUCCUUCUCCUCCUCCUUCAGCGAUAUUUCAAUCAAGAGAGGACAUUUGAUCAAUUGUCUUUGCCAACAUCUUCUAAACCUCUGAAAGAGGGACAGAGAGCAUGUUGCUGUUAGAUAUUUUAGAAGGAAGAUUCAAAGAGAGACGUUCUACUUACAAUUUCAACUAUGCUAAGAACAUGUUAAUCGGACUACUCUAAGUGCUCGCGAUACACAACUUCUCAACAAGCUACUAUAUAACUUUGUCAUUUUAUUUAAGUUCAUACAUUUAGAAUAGAUUAGUUACAAAUUUGAAUCUUUACUUUCUUUUUCCGAUGACAACAACCUAACAUGGAAUUACUAAUGUAACAAAAUUAUUAUUGUACUUUGAUUUAUUUCAUCUUAUUCUGUUUAUCGUUUAUCAUAAUUUGUUAAGAGGAGCAUUGAAUAUAUCAAUUGUGAUGCCAAAAGACAUUUAAAAUAUCUAUACAAAGAUUAUACAAUUUUUUUGAGUUAUCGUUAUAAAGUAUAUUAAGUUUGUUUAACCGCUAUUAUUAUAAAUGCUCUUUUAAUCGUAGUUCUAAAGAAAGUUCUAUGAUAUUUAUUCAUCGAGUCAAUGUUGAUUUUAUAAAGAAAUCUAUCCACCUAUCGUGCUAAGAUGUGCGAACAGACGGAAAUAAAUUAUUUGGACGGCGAUGUCGUUUGGGUGAAGUUGGGAGGAUGUUGGUGGCCAGGACAAGUCACUGGUUUUCAUAAUUUACCUGAAGACAUUCAACGAGAAUUUCAAAAGAAACCGUUGAUUGCUGUUGUCAAAUUCUUUCAAGAAGACACGUACGAAUAUGUCAAAAAUUAUCAACAAAUUUAUAAAUAUAAUUGUACACUAAAAGAUGAAUUCAUAAAGAAAGGUUUAGAUAAAUAUAGGAGUAAGAUCAAAGAUGGUUCUAGUUACAUGUCCAAAUUUCCCGGAGAUGUUGAAAUGGCAGAGAAACUAACUGGCGGUGAUCCGGAAAUAUUGAGUAGCAAUAAAUUUAGUCCAGAAGAGAAGCCAGAUAUAUCCGCAUUGUUCGGAGAUAAAAAAGUACAGAAGAAAAAGAAAGAUCGAGAUGAUGCACAUAGAAGAAGUGAUGGAAGUGAAACUAUGAGAAAAAUUACGCAUCCCAGAUUUUUGAAAGAAAGCGACCACGAAGUUCGUAUUCGGCAGCAACCAAGUAGCUUACCAAGCACGCCAAAUAUUUUAUCUUCUCCGCAAUAUCCUUGUCAUUUGUGCAAUUUUAUUUCUUCUCGAGUCAACGUUAUCAUUUGUCACAUCAAAAGUCACAGAUCUGGUAAUUCAUCAGCAUCAAGAUCAAGAGUUAAAACUUAUUCCCAAUCGAAAAGCAAAGAUUCUUCCGAUACGCCUAAAAGAAAAUACGUUAAGAAAGAGAAGAAUCAACAUAAAACUAAAGCUGAAAGUCCUACAGAUUUUGGAAAAAGAAAAUUGAGUAAGCAGAACGAAAAAUCCCCUAAAAAGAAGAAAACUGAUCCUGAACUACGGGAAAAAUUAUUGGCGGAUUGGGACGAUGAAUCUGACGAAGAUACGAGUUUUAAUCAAACUAAAUCUUUUAAUACUAGUACGAGCAGACAUUCACCCACGAGAGAUCAAUCAUACAUGGAUGUUACCGAGGAACAUAAUAAGGAUGUAUCAACUUCUGAGAUUGCAAAUCCUCAUGAAAUUUUAGAAGAAACGGAAAAAUUACUUAGGGAAACUGAAAAAUUUGCAUCCAUUCAGAUAGAUUCAGACACAUUGGCCAGCAUUGUGCAUAAAGUUGAAUCCAAUGUAGAAGACAAAGAGCCAUUAUCUCCGAACCUUGGUAAAAAUGAUUUAACGAAUAAGUUCGAUAAAGAGAAAGAAAUAUUGAAGUUGGAGGGCGAUAAUAAACAUUCAAAAUCCGAUAAAGAUGAUAAAAAAUCUCGAUUGUCUUGUUUUGAUUUUGACGAAGAUGACGUGCCUGAGCCGUCUAUACCACCGGUAAGAAAAAUACCCAGAGUUUUUGGGGAAAAGAAUUUAUCAUUAAAAAAAGAAAUAAUUAAGGAAUUCGAAAUGAGUCAAGCUUUAAAAACAGAGAAAGAAGUGGAAAAUGAUAAGAAUCCGGGUACAGCGGAAAACGAAAUGUCUAAUGCGAUUAAAAAAACUGAAGAAACCACAUUAAAAAGUAAUGUAGACGUGGAAGAUAUCGAAAAAGUCGAUGACAGUAGUAAAAGUUUAGAUACAAACGACGGAAUUACCAAUAAAGUGAUCGAAAGUGAAGAUAAGAGUGAAAGAAAAAGCGAAUUAACUUUACAAAAUAAUGAGAAACAAAUAUCUAGUAAUAAUUGUGAAACUAAAUUAGAAAUAGUUGAAAUUUUUGAAGUUGAGAAAGAAGAAGGCGAGAGCACUCAUUCUGCAAAUAUUAAAAUUGAUAAGGGAUCAGAGCCUAAAACUCUAACAGAUAAAAAUGAUUCUGACAAACUUGUAACGGAUAAAGAGACGUGCGUAGAAGAGAAGUCUGCGAUUAGCGAGACACCAACUGUUACGAAUAACGUUGUAGAAAAAGUUGAAACAAGUCAUGAUAAUACUAUUGCAAAACAAACGGAUGACACAUUGUCAGAUCCAUUUACCACAGAGACAGAAGAUGAAACUGUAUCUGAAUCAGCAGAGACUCUACCUGAACAAAGUGAAAGCUCUGACGUUGAUAUGAUCCAAGUGCCUAAAUCUGAGAAGGAUAAUAUUUUAUUAAACAAUCCGAAAGGAAAAUUAACUUCCAAGAUUAAAAGAAGAAGAGGGAGGCCUCGAAAAAGUUUGGAAUCUUUAGAUACUUCUAUUGAGGACAGCGAAAAGACAUCUAAAGAUAAUAGAAGUAGAACGUCAGAAUCUGAUACUGAUCGUUCGUAUAUUGCUAUAAGAAAGAGAAGAUCGAAUAAAAAAUAUUUAGAUUCGGAUGAAUCCACACAAGAUGAGAAGAGUAUUUUUAAAACUGAUGAUAGUCAAUCAGAAGGAGAUGAAAGAUUUCAUGAAAAACCGAAAGUCAAACCUAGAAAGGGAAGAAAAUUGAUGGGACAACAAAAGAAGGAUACUGAUAAAAUAAAGCAAAUGGAAGAAUUAGAACUAUCUGAAGAAAUGAUGGAAAUUUCAGAAGAUAAUUCUAAUAAAACAACUAACAUUAGUCCAAAGCAUGAUUCUCCUGAUCAAAAUGAUAUCACAAGUGAAAUAUCUUCGGAGGUUGAAAAGAAACCUUUGGAUGAUGAAAUAACUAGCAGUACUUCUCAGAAAACGUCACUUGAAUGUACAAAUAUGGAAAUUAACGUGGAGAAAUCAGAUAUGACGACUCUUUUGUCGGAGAGUAUAACAUUACCACCCAAAGAUGUUACAAUUGAACCACUGAAAGAAGAAACUGAAUUAUUACAAGUUAUAAAUCAGGAAACGGAUACAGAUCUUAUAUUAAAUAAAACCUGUGCUGAUAAGGAAUUAUUAAAAAAUGAAAACGAAAACGAAAAUUCUUUAAAAACAGUUAAACCUCAAACAUCUAAUAAUUCCGAUACACAAAAACAAUCGUCUGAUGUUUCAAAAACUGCUAUCGAUAUGUUACCACCAAAAAAAUCUCAAAUAAAAAAAUUUGAAUUAUCGCAACUUGAUAUUCCUUCCGAAAGCACAACUAUGAAUCAAGAUACUGAAUCUCAAGAAGAAAAAAAUAAACUUAUUGAUACUGAGAAUAAAACUAAUUUGGAGACAACUGAUUUAGAAACUAAAAGUAUGGAUAUUCCAUCAGAAAAUAUUGAAAAAACAGAAAGUAAAACUUUGACUGAUUUACAUGUCGAGGUUGAAAUGAAAGAAAGUAUGGGGAUUUCGAUUAAAGAAGAUAAAAAUUUGCAACAAACUGAUACAGUUGUCUCAGAAAAUAUUGCAAAAAGUGAUGAGAAAUUAGAAACCCAAAAGUCUACAGAAAAAGAAGGGGAAGAUUCUUGUUUAGAAAGUACGAAAUCAACGUCCAAGGAUAUCGAAAAGGCGUCAAGUGAUCCACAUACAUUGCAAAAAUCAAUGCCAACUAGGUAUAAAGGAAAAGUAAUGCUAGAAACGACAGGAGUAAAACCAAAAAAAGAAAAAGAUGCAUUCUUGGAAGAGAAGCCGAUAAAUUCAUUUCAAGAAGCUUUUUUAAAGACUUUACAGAUAGAUAAGAAAAAAGCUGUUUCAGAAGAUAAUGAAUUAAUUACUAGCAAAGGAAAAAAGGGCAAGAAGCCAUCAAUCAAACUAAACAACGAAGAACUCAAUAAUAUAAAUACAGUAAUAUUUGGUAUACAACCAGAAGUAAAAGUUGGAAAUGUAGAAGAAAACACAAAUUUGUCAGAAAAUGUUUCUGGUAUGCAAAGUCAAGAUAAUCUUUCUGAUAUUUCUAUUAUGAGUGGGUUUCAUGGAGUCGAAGUUGUAGUACAAGAGAAUAUUGAAACUGAUGCAAAAGUCAAUGAACCCGUUUUACAGAAUACUAGUCAAACUCCGUCUUCAUCCCGUGACUUCAAUCUGAUAACACAAACUCAAUCACCAAUAAUAGAAGAUACUGCAAAAUCUACAAAUGUAGACUUUCAAAAGAUUGAGGAAUCACUAAAAGUAGAAGUUCCUACUCCUUCGCCGACCUCCGAAGCUAGUAUACCAGUAAAAAAACGUGAAAUGCCUAGGAUAAUUGAAAAUGUAACAUUGACGGAGCCAAUGCAAAUUUUAAAAUCUAAACUAUUAGAUAAAUUACCUCAAAAAGGAAUAAAACAUAAAUUGGAUAUGGAUGGAAAAAGAGGCGAUCCUAAGGGAAGCCCUAAAACAAAAAUAAUGAAAAUCGAAUCUUUACCUUCUAACAGUAAAAUGAAAGCUGGAUUAAAGGUAACUUCUCCAAAUCUUUCGUUGACGCAAAAACUUCAGGUAUUAAAGGCAGAAGAAAAUGAAAGUGCUGCUAUUGAAAAGGUAAAUGUACAAACAGCAGCAACCUCAUCAGGAAGUGCAAAAUAUAUACAACAAAGUUCACAAAGUUUGACUGAUAUGGAUUUGGAUAUUAAUUCAAUGCCAUUCGUUUUAAGCGAAGAUGUAUUAACGCCAGAUUGCAUAGAACAAAUGCCUGUUGUAAUAUCAUCUAUUAUACCAGCAUCUAGUUCAGUACCACAUACGUUGGCGCUUACUCCUACCACUCAAGUUGUAACACCUAACCAAAUGCAACUUAAAUCUGUAGGUGAGAGUACUUCUGAAGGAUCUACCUUAAAAAAGAAAAGUGGCACACCAGCAAUUUUGAAAAAUAAAUACAGAACAAAACCUAUAAUUACGAAUAUUAGAGCAAUUGUACCACCGCUCACAGGAGGCGUAAAAGGAUUGAAAUUUCAAAACGCACCAGCUGGAAAAACGUCGUCACCCAUUUUGGCACAAAAGACAUCACCUGGAAAAUACGUAGUAGUACAUACAUCCGGAGGUCAACAGUUGCGCUAUAGCGUACAGGGCAAAUCUGGAACGCAACAAAAAAUUGCUGUAUCUACUGGAAAAGGUACAGGAAAUCCCCAAGUAGUACAAAGUGGGAAAGUGGUUAUAUUUACAUCAGGUCAGUCUGGUCAAACAAAGAUGAUACCAUUAAAUAUGUCAAAGACAUUAGGUGGUAAAAGAAUGGUAACAAACAAAGGACAACUUUUGUGUCCAAUCAGUCCACAAAAUAUUGUUACUUCAAAGACCAUUAUUACUCCAAAAGGAGACAAUAAUUCACCUACAACGUCUAAACUUGGUCCAAAAAUCAUAAAUACACCAAGUAUUAUUACUUCCAAAGGAGUAUUGACACCUUUGUCUGGAACUCUUACAAAAACUGCAUUAUUAGGGACUUUGUCGCAAGGUAUUUUAACAAAAGGUGGAAUAUAUACUCCCAUAAGUGCUUCUGCUUUAGGAAGUAGAAUUAUCAAUUCUAAAGCAUUAGUUACAAAAGGUGCUACAAUAUUAUCUUCUCAAAAUAUAGGUGGACCAAAAGCCAUUUUGACACCAAUAUCUCAAGCCAUUGGAGGAAAACCUAUUCUUGGGGCAAAUAUUGUUACAUCUAAAGGUACAGUUCUUACUCCAGUUACAGGGCAACAAGUUAAAGCAAUAGUGGCUAAGAGUCCAUCAAAAAGCAGCAAAGUGCAAUAUCAAUCGGUUCAACAAAAAAUCCAAUUAUCUACUGCACAAAAAGCUCCAAAAGUUCAGAUGUCUCCUUCGUCGCAAAGUAGAAGUUCUUCAUCAUCAAAAUCAUCAAGUAGUACUAUGGUAUUCCAAAGUUCUGGAUCAAGUUCGAAAUCUGUUUCGCAAAAUAAAAAAAUGAAUAAACAAAUAGCCCUUCAGCAGAGUACUGCUAUGCAGAAUCUGUCGAGUCAAGGUAAUACACAACAAACGGUUAUGUCUCAAGUUCAACAGAAAGGAAAAUCUGCAUCUUCAUCAAGCGUUCAAAAAGUUCUUAUACCUCGAAGCCGUCAAUCUAGAAAUCAGCAAAAAAUUUUGGUUCAAAAAGUGCAAGAAACAAACACAGGGCAAAAUAUUCAGUCGAAACAAAAUAUUUUAAGUUCUCACACUACAUUACCUAAUAUUUCUAAGACAAUAACUCAACAUAAAUACACAAGUACAAAUACAAUGACUUCUAAAGGUGCCACCAAGAGUCAGACAUCAAAUAAAGCUUCUCAAAAGAAUUUAUUAAAUAUUGCCAUAAAUUCGAUGACUGGUACAACUGUAAACACUAAUUUGACUGGAUCAUUAUCUCUACCACUUUUAGAACCUAUUGAGCCAGAGAAAAAAUUGAAACUGGAUAAUACAAUGAUUGAAAAUGUACCAAAAGAACAAUUAAAGGUAGAGAAAAUUCAUACAGAAAAGAAUACAGAAAUAGAAAAGAUAGAGGAGCCAAAAGUGACUACCCAGCCACAGAUCAUGGCUUUACCAACCGAAAGUAGCGACGGUACUCAAACCUAUGUUCUGGUAACUAUAGAUGAACAAGGUCAAAUACAUCCAUUAGAUAAUAAUACACUAAUGUCUCUUGAGGGAACAACUCAAAAUCCAGAUGGAACAAGAACUUUAUAUAUAGAUCCUAGUUCUUUGGGCGAGGCUGGAACAUUAGACAAUAUUGUUCUUCAAUUCGACAAUGGAGUACUUCCAAAUGUAUCAACCAAUACUAAUGAAACAAGCCAAGCAAUAAUGUCAGAAAGUUUCCCUACAUCAGAAAUUAUACAAACAUCAAAUCAAGAUAUCUUGGCAGCAGCUCUAGCCAACACAGAUUUUCAACAAGAAAUUAAUUUACCUGAAAAUCCAGCAGGAAGCGUAAUGACCACUGGAUUGACUCAGACUAGUUUAAUUAAUCAAACGAUUCUACAAUCUACGAUUAUACCACCAACAGAGCCAAUAUCUUCUCCAUCUGUAUUAGAGACAUCAUUGACUUUGAAUCAACCGAUUAUGACGCCGCUUGAAGUUCCAAGCAAUCUUCCAAUUCAAUCAGAAUCUACAACUUCAGUAGUUUCAACGAUACCAUCUUCUCUAGAAUUGCCAAUCACCAUUACAAAUCCGAAUAUUUCAUAUAUAUCUACAGGAGAAACACAAAUUCAAAUUCCUGGUAAUUCGAUGCCAGAUAUUGGAGAAAUCAUGGAUACUUCAGCUUCAACUGAAAUACCAAGAACAGACAUUCCUACUAGCACUCAAUAUUUAGUAAUACCUAAUUUAGAUGAAAACAUAACUGUUAAAACCCAAGAGGCUGUAAGUGGUACGAAUGUUUCUUAUUCAGUUUCAUUACCAUGCAAUAUUGUAUUAGAAACUACACCAGUUCAAACAACUCCAUCGAUGCCUAUAAUAGAUGACACAUAUUCAGAUAAUACUCAAUUUUCAACAUCUGUUCAAACUGCAAUCGUUACGCAACACAGUUUCGCCGAUGUACCAGUAUCUGAAAUGUUAGUUUCUAAAGCUUCCAUUACAUCUCCAGUAAACGCACAAAUGCCAGAUGUUACAGUUGCGCCAGAAAUGAAUGUAAUCUCUCAAGAUGUUCCUAUAUCUUCUCAAAACUCAUCUACUUCGACGAGUGAAACUUGCGUUUUGAAAAAAUCAGAGGAUACAACGAUGCCUUUAGAAGAAAUUUAUCCAACUCAAGAAAUUCCUGUUUCAUCGCAAGAACUAAUUUUGCAACAAAACAUUAAAAAAGAUGUAACAUGUGACAUAGCAGUUACUGCAGAAGAAAAAAUACCUAGUAACGAAAAUAUACUAAAUAUGCAACUAGUGGAUCAAGCUGUAAAUUCCAUGACCAGUAGCAUGCCUAUUUUAGACAACAAUUCUUUAAUACAAUCACAAUCUAAUAUUAAAGUACAAUCUGCAGAACAUAUGGCAUUUGAAGUUACAGAUUCAGGUGAUAUGGAAACUUCCUCUUCUCAAGAACCGAGUACUGAGAAUAAAUUUAAUCAAUUUUCUUACAAGGAAGAUUCUAAUAUUAAAGUUGCUUCUCCAACACUCGUAGAACAAACUACUACGACAAAUCAAACUGAAACAAUACAUGAAGUAUUGCAAGGUAUGUCUGCAGCACAAUCAUUAAGUAAUACUAAUGCAGAAGAUAUCAAAGUAGAAGAAGCUGUUGACUCAAAAAUAUACGACUCCACGGUAAAACCAUUGGAAGAUUGUCAAGCAGAUGAACCAUCGUCGCAAGAUGAAACGGAUGGUAAUCACGUUCAAAGAAAUAUUCAACUACAUUUUGAAAAAAGUCAAAUAGAAAGCAAUCAAGAAACGCCAUCACAAUCUUUUGAACAGUUUGAUAUAUCGAUGACAAAUGAUCCUGCAGAUUUGCCCAGUCAAUCAGUUUCUAAACUUGAAAAUUCUGGUGAACCAUCGCAGUCUGUAACAUAUGAACCGAUGGAGACAGAUGAAGAAACAAUUGCUGGAGAACCACCAACUCAAUCGUUCGAACAUUUAAAGCAAAAUGAAGCUUCUCAGUCUUACGAGACAUCUACCGAGGUGAAUGUAAAUGCACCCACGCAAUCUUUCAAUGAAUUGAUGCAAAGUCAUGAUGGUAGAAUCGUUACAAACGAACCAAUCGAUGAUCAAAGUUUCCCGACCCAAAGUUACGAGGUUGGCAAGGUAGAAAAUAUACCAGAUAAUCUAGAAACGGAUGCUGAAAUUAGUCAAGAAGGAAAUAUACCAUCCCAGUCAAAUGACAUUGGAAAUGAUGGUAUUGGCACAUCAUCGGUUUCUACCAAUAACUCUGGCUUAAACGAAGAUGAGACAGCCAGUUCAUCCUAUGUUCCAGAGACUCCAGAAAAUCAAGAAAGAGAUCAGGAUCAAGAAAGUGCAAUAAGUACAUCAUCAUAUGAGAUCCCACCUUGCGAGGAAUUGAACAUAGCUUCAUCCAGUACAAUACCAGAUACAUCAGUUAGAGCAGAACAUACGAGUAUCCAUGACAAUGGAGUACCUGAAAUACCUACAUCUUCGUAUAAUAUAAAUCCAGAUAUCACUUCCACUCAUAUUGAUUCUGUACCUUCAUCCAGUUAUGAGGAUCAAGUUAUAGUAGAACAAAAUGUAUCAACUUCUUACGAGGUUCCAGUGUCGAUGCCUGGCCUAGAAGAAACAUCCUCGCAGAAUUUUGUUACCGAAAGUACAGAUCAUAGAAACGAACCAUCGAGCUAUUAUACCCAUCAUCAAGAAGUAACAGCUAGCUACUACGAAUCUGUUGAUCAGGAUGGGAACUCCAGAUUGGAAGAAGAUCCACAAGAGGAGAUAACUCCUAGUUAUUACGAAGGUAACUCACAAGUAGCAAGUCAAAGUUACUUUACACCACAGGAAGCAACUCCAAGUUAUUCCAGUAGAAAUGUUUCUUCUGGUUAUUAUGGUCAUAGACCGGAAAGUGAAGCCAGUCAAAGUUACUAUUCAACAGAUGAUCUAGAAAAAGCUGAACAAUCUAGUUCACAAAAUAUCGAAGCGUCGCAAAGUUUUUAUCACGAACAUACAGAUGAAUUACGAUUAAGACAACAAGGAGAAGCUACUCCAACAUAUUCUGAACGAUAUCCCGUUGAUUAUACAUUGGAUAAUUCUCCAAUUGAGAGGCACGACCUCGUAGAAAGUUCUGUMCCAGCCACUAAGCCUAUGGAAAGGUAAUACAUUGUUACAGAUUUUUUCUAAUUAUUGUAAUGGAAAGUUUCUUUUUUCUAAAAUAGACUAUUUGGAGUUAUAGUUAUGGAAUAAUAACCUCGAGUCUAUUUUUAAAUGUACAUAGAGUAAUAAGGAAGUAAGUGCUUAGAUUUAAGACUAAAUUUUCUUAUAAUAAUUUAUAUCUAUACUCUUAUAUCUAUAUAUAGUAUAUAUAUAUACUAUAUAUAUAUAUACCGCAUAUAAUAAGCACGGAUACUAAAUCCGUUCACUCGAUUUGGUACAUAAAUAUUGUAGGUCAGGAUUGAAAAAAAUGUGAAUUUUAUUACAGUAAUAUCGUAUAAGUAAAUACCUUGUGACACAAAUUGAUGUAAAAACGAAAAAAUCGUUUGUACGAUAUAUUCGAAUUACAUAUGGGUUAAUUAAAUAAUAUAGAAUGGACAUUUUAUUAAUCCACUUUUAAUUUUCUCCUAAAUGUUAUGUAACUUUUUAAGUCAUUUAUGUGAAAAACAUUUUAUUAUCAUAAUAAUAUGUAAUAUCUCGUUGAGAGUAGUAGUAAGAUUCACAGAUCAUUCAUUAAGACAUAGCAUAACUUUAUUAGAAUAUGCAAAUAUGGGAUGUUUUAUAUUAUUCAAACGUUUCGCAUGAUCUGAGAUAUAACCGAAUCUUAUUGAAAAGAGUUAAUAAAUAUUUUUACAUUGUUAUAUUUCGUGAUUGAAAAUUAUUAAAAGAUAAUUAAAAAAUAAUAAUAAAAUAAAAUAAAAAAGAAAAAAAAGAAAUAAAUCUGCGAAUUGUAGGAUUUUACUGCUACUCUGUGAUGUCAACUUAUGGUGGGCAAUUCUUCGUUUGUACAACUAAAGUAAAAUUUGUCUGCAGGUACAUUAAAAUAUAUUUAUAGUAACAUACCUAUGUUAACGUUGCACUUUUUUUCGUUUCAUUUUUUAAUUCAUGAGAUGUUUAAAUCAAUAAUAAAAGAUUUCUUUCUAUAAAUAGAUCCAUUGAUUUCUCAACUUUUGUUAAACGUAACUGCAGAUAUUAGUUUAAAAAGAAAUAUAUAUACACACACGAACAAUCGUAUAUAUAAAAAAAAGAAUUAAGCGAACCAAGGAUUGUGUAUGUUAAGCUUAAUGUUAACUUCAUAAGAAAUAGCUUAUAAAUAUUCAUUAAAAGUAAACAAAUAUAAAAUAAAAAUGCCUAUAAUUUUAAUUAUCACAGCCGCUGUGUAAAUCUGUGUGUGUGUGUGUUUAAAAUGAAAUGUCAAAGAAAAAAUAUAAUCCUAUAAUAGAAAAUCUGUCGUGUUUGAGACGCAUCCAAAUUUAUAAUACACGUAUCUUGAAUAUAUCCGAUUAUUUUUAAUCGCAAUUAGUUGAAUGUGCACAAAAGAGACGGAAUUUUAUUAUAAUAUAUAUUAUUACCAACAACAUUAAGAAUUGAAAGAUUUAAUAUAUUUGUGUAUACUAGAUAUAUAGAAAGUUUAUACAUAUAUAUUCUACUGUAUAAUUAAUUAUUAUACAGUUAUCGAAGUAUUCUAAAGGUAAAUUUAUUUGUAAAAAAAUAAAUAAUAUAAAAAGAAGAAAAAACAUAUAUAUAUAUAAUAUAUUUGAUUUCACUUGAACAAGACAGAUUUUGCUAAAUUAUCUUACUAGGAAUUAUAUUAUAUUCUAUACAUAAUUUUGUGUUAUCAAGAAUAAAGCUAUGUUUUUAUUUCUCGUGACAUUUUUUAAUUAUCGUCACGGCGUGUACAUAUUAUGUUGAUAUCUGAGAAAAAUGAAUUUUCUUAUUAAAAUAGAGCUUUCAACAAAUAUAUUAGGGCAUCCUCUUUUUCUCUAGGCACAACUAGCCGAUAUUGGAAAACAAACCAACAAAAAAAGAAUAAGAAGAAAUGGACUGAAUUGAUAGAGUUUUCUCAUUAAUGCCCUUUUUUUAUACCUAGUACAUCUCUUAUUCGCUCUCAUGAAUUCAUGAUUUAAAUACAAAUUGUGUAUACUACGAAAUAGUAAUUAAAUAUUAUAUGAGAGACACGCGAAGAAAAUAAUAAAAACAUUUUCUAUUGAACUUUCAUUGGUUCUGUCGUAUGUUGGGAUAUGUGUAUUAAUAUGCUAAAAUAAUUGAAUAUAAGUGGCAUAAAGUGAUAAUGAAUAAAAUAAUACUAUUGCGUUCAUGUAUAUUAAUAACAAUUUGAUAUUUUCAACACUAACAAUAAUAUCUUCUUAUUUCUACUGUGUGCACCAUUCACAAUUGUAACUAAGUAAGAGAUCAAAUAAAUAUACAAAUAUUUA